CUGAAGCUGUUCUUCCCACCAUGGAGAAUAGGGCGAUGAGGAUGCUGGCGAUGUUUGUCCUGGGAACGAGCUUCUGGUCCUGUGCAGGUUUUCCCGUGUAUGACUACGACCCAUCUUCCCUGAGGGAGGCUGUCGGCGCCUCCGUGGCCAAAGUGAAUUCCCAGUCGCUGAGCCCCUAUCUGUUUCGGGCCUUCAGGAGCUCACUAAAAAGGGUCAAUGUGCUGGGUGAGGACAGCUUGAGCAUGGACAUCGAGUUUGGCAUUCGAGAGACGACAUGCAAGAGGGAUUCUGGAGAAGACCCCGCCACCUGUGACUUCCAAAGGGGCUACUUCACGCCAUCGGCCACCUGCAGAAGCACCGUGCAGAUAUCUGCUGAGAAGGUGCAGGAUGUGUGGGUGCGUUGCCGCUGGUCCUCCAGCUCCGAGUCUAACAGCAGUGAAGAGAUGAUUUUUGGGGAUAUCUUGGGAUCAUCUACGCCAAGAAACAAUUAUCUCCGUGGUCUCAUUCCUGACAUAUCCAGAACCGAGCGAUUUUAUGAACGGUCACUUGAGAUCAUGAGAAGAUUCCCUCCUCCUGGAAAUAGAAGUUACCCGAACCAGUGGCCCAGAGCAAGAACAAACACUGGCUUUGAGUAA